AUGCAGCAUAGGAACAUCCUCAGGUUGCUAGAUGUAGUGAACAAGGAGAGAUCAGUGCAUCUUGUUACGGAGCAUGUGGAACUUGACCUGAGGAAGUUUAUGGAUACUUCUCCAGAGAUUGUCAAGACGCCGAGAGAUUUUCUGCAUGAGAUUCUAAGUGGUCUCGAUUAUUGUGAUUCGCAUAAUAUUCUCCACCGAGGUUUGAAUCCUGGGAGUUUGAUGUUAGAUCAUCGUAGUCAAAGCACAGUGAAGAUAGCUGGCUUUAGAUCAGCCAAGACAUUUGGUGUUCCUACUGACGCGUAUACUAAAGGGGUCAAGUGGGAUUUGGCUUCCCUCCAGUUCGCGAUCGGACUAGAGGGUGCUGUUGGGCUU